UCUCUCUCUCUCAGCAGGAGGGCAGAGAAUAAGGAGGAGGAGGUGGUGAGCACUGUUGAGUAGCUUCACAGUCGUCAUGACGAUAUCACACCCGUCCAUCUUCAGAGCUAUCUUCCCGUUGCCGCGGUGACCUGAUCCCACUACAUCUCCCCUCCUCUUUAGGAUCCGGAUUGGGCUGAAAGAGGACACGGAUUUCCCCGGAGACAGCUUGUUGAUGAGAAAACCGAUCUCAAACACAGGGACGCGGAGCGGAGGACGGGAAAGUGAGCCGUGCUGGGAAUGCUGUGGGAGUAACAUCGGGAAGCGUUGCCUGGAAACAGCAGCAUGCCAGUACAACAGAUAACUGUGGUUCCGACCAAGGAAACAGCCAGCAAUGGUAAAAGCUCUACUCGUUCAAAGGAUAAAACGGAGGGGAGGAAGGCCCCCGGCUGCUCAGGGAGUCGAUCCAGCAACAUCUCCAAGGCCAGCAACUCCACAGCAGGACCAGCUACAGCCUCAAGGACAUCGAUCACCCCGUCCUCUCAGGACAUUUGCAGCUCUAGCCAGCUGACCCGUGUAGAGGAGGAUGUCUCUGAGUCUCAGAAACCUGAGAAGCCCACCCACAGCUCUGUGAUGAGCGUCACCAACACGACUCUGGGCUCGGCUGCUCCGGCCCAGAAGAAGCAGAUGAAGCGCCGCCACCGCCGCAAGAAGAGCAGCUGCUCCCCCGACUUGGUGGAAACCAACGACAAACCGGAGCACAGCGAGAGCAGCCUCAGCGCUGACCGCAGCGAGCUCGGGGAGAAGAAGGAGCGGACGGCCAAGACCCGGAGAGAGCUCCCCCCUCGCCUCCGCACCGCAGGGGGCCCGCCCUCUGACUCCACCUCUGAGGAGGAGGCAGAGCGAGAGGACCGCAGCUGGAGCAAAGAGAAAGCCCGAAGAGUGAGGCACCGCAGCGGAAGCAGCCGGGAGAGGGAUGGAGCCAACGAGGGGAAAGAAGAAGACAAGGUGAUGGAGCUGCAGUCGGUGUGCUCGGAUGAAGGGAAGGAGAGCCUGCCGCUGGUGGAGGAGAGCGCCGGGCUGAAGAAACGCAGCAGCAGCAGCCGGGCCUCCGUGAAGAGGGACGAGCACGCCUCACAGAGAGAAGGCUCACAGAGAGGAGGCUCACAGAGCAGGGAGAAGGAGAAGAGCUCCAAGUCAGACUCCUCCUCACUGUCCGCGGACGGAGAGGAGCUCAUCAACAAGAGAUACCAGGAGAAAGGGGCAGGGGGGGGCGACAUGUCAGUGCCCACACCUCAGAAUCACUGUGCUAUGAACGGAAGCACACAGGCGCAGUACUCUGACGACUCUGAUACGGAUGUCUGCAGGAUCUGCCACUGUGAGGGGGAUGACGAGUGCGCCUUAAUAACGCCUUGUCGGUGCACGGGGAGUCUGAGUUUCGUGCACCAGUUCUGUCUCAACCAGUGGAUCAGGUCCUCGGACACUCGCUGCUGUGAACUUUGCAAGUUUGACUUCGUCAUGGAGAUGACGCUCAAACCUUUGUGCAUGUGGGAGAGGCUAAACAUGUCAACGGGCGAGAGGAGGAAGAUCUUCUUCUCGGUGGUCUUUCACCUGCUAGCAGUAACGUGUAUUCUUUUAUCAGUUUUCGUUCUGGUCUUGAGAACCUCAGAAGAGAUCAAAAUUGGGAGGAACGACGAAUUAUGGAGAGUUUCUCUAUUGAAGUACUACAAAUACAUGCCAGGUGGUGUGCUCGAGUGGCCCUUCUGGACGAAGCUGAUCAUGGUGGCUAUCGGCCUCACAGGCGGCCUCAUCUUCAUGUACAUCCAGUGUAAAGUCUACCUGCAGCUGUGGCGCCGCCUCAAGGCCUUCAACCGCAUCAUCACGGUGCAGAACUGCCCUGAGAAGGACGUGCACCACCCUCCGCCCCGACACAGCACCCUGACCAACGGCAAGCAGGGGACGGUGGAGGUCCCCAUCAGCCCGGCCCCCUCCCCGGCUCCAGAGGCUCAGCAGUCGGACUCUGAGAUGUCGGUGGAGGAUGCGGUGGCGCCGGCACAAAACCCCGUCUGACCAAAUCUGCCCACGCUCACAAAGAGCCCAGAAUCACGCGCUGCUCAUCACACACGGUGAGCAGUGCGUGGUUUUUAGACCUCAGCGAUGUUCAUUUCUGCUCCGCGAUGACUGAUCUGGAGUCAGGGACUGAUUUCAUCUCCACUGAAACGCUAAAGGGACGCGGAUAUGCAAAGUAACAAAGAGAAGAGUAGGUGAGGAGAUGUGAAGGAAAAUAAAGCCACCUGCGAGAGA